UAUAUAAUACUAGUAUAGAUAAUAUAUUAUUGCUAAUAUCUCUAUCAAAGUGUAGCUUCUGUCAAUAUUAGCAUAUACUUUGAAAAGAAAUAAAUCACAUAAAUUCUCUCUCCACAAACUUUUCAACGUAACUAAUUAGGUCAUCACUACUUGGAUUGAAUUCCCAUCUAAUAUUAUAUAUAGAUUGAUAGAGAAGAGGGGCUUAAAAUAGGACGAAAGAGAUAGAGAGUAUAAUUGGUUUGGUUUAGGCAGAUGGGAGAAAUAGUAGGGAAAUCCAAUAGUAACAAUAGUAUAAUUUCGGUAGCAGAUUCGAUGGGAGAGCAACAAUUUCGAACCACUUCUUCCUUAAAAACUUUUUCUAGGAAAAGUUUUGAUUCUUUUAGAAUUCAUAGUUUUGAUGAGGAGAAUCCAACUAUCAUUGAUGGGAUUAGUUUUUCCUCGGCGGCGGAGGCGGCGGCCGCCGUGUCCGGAAAAUGGCCUGGGAAUAAUAAUAAUAAUAAGGAGGAGCUAAACCCUCAGGACUCAUGGCUACCUAUCACAGAGUCUAGACAUGGCAGUAUAUACUCUUCUGUUUUUCAUGUCUUGACCUCUGGAAUUGGAUUCCAAGCCAUGCUAUUACCUCUCGCCUUUGCAUCUCUUGGAUGGGUAUGGGGAAUCGUAUGCUUGUCGUUGGCUUUUGUGUGGCAACUCUAUACAAUAUGGGUUCUGGUCAAUCUUCACGAAUCUGACUCUGGACUUCGUUACAGUAGAUUUCUCCACCUCUCAAUUGCUGCAUUUGGUCCAAAGGCUGGAAAAAUAAUGAGCAUAUUUCCGGUGAUGUAUCUAUCGGGAGGAACGUGUGCGAUGAUGAUUAUUACAGGAGGUGGAACCCUGAAACUGUUCUUCCAGAACAUUUGUGGUGAUGGGCCUGGGCUUUCGUGCAAGGCCCAAUCGGUGAGUGGGGUAGAGUGGUUCUUGGUGUUCACAUGCAUGGCUAUUCUUCUAGCUCAGCUACCUAACUUGAACUCCCUCACCAUAAUUUCAUUUGUCGGUGCUGUCACCGCAAUUGUGUAUUGUACUAUUCUUUGGGCUCUUCCCCUUGGUAUGGAUAGGCCCAAUGAGAUAUCGUAUGAUCCACUACCGACAAACUCGAAAAUGGACAAGUAUGGUGAUGUUCUAAAUGGCAUUGGAAUUAUCAUUCUUGCUUUCAGAGGCCACAACGUUAUCCUUGAAAUACAGGCAACAUUACCCUCAACUCCCAAAAACUCAUCCACUAAGACAAUGUGGAAAGGAAUCAAAAUCGCAUACUUGCAAAUAGCCAUGAUUUUGUUUCCCAUGGCAAUAGCUGGAUUUUGGGCUUAUGGAGAUAAGAUAACAUUCAAUGGUGGAAUGAUAAAAGCACUAUCUCAAUUCCAUGGACAAGACCUCUCCAAGUUCGUUAUAGGCCUAAUCUACCUCCUAAUAAUAAUAAACUGUUUAUGCACUUUCCAAGUCUAUUCCAUGAUCGUUUUCGACAAUUUGGAGUUUAGGUACACCUCCAUCAAGAAACAACCAUGUACGAGGCUGAUCCGAACAGUUUUUCGUCUUUGUUUUGGAGGGCUUGUGUUCUUUAUAUCUGUGGCUUUUCCAUUCUUGGGUAGCUUGGCACCACUGAUUGGGGGCCUAACAAUGCCUUUGACAUAUUCUUAUCCAUGUUUCAUGUGGAUAUCUAUGAAGAAACCUCUUCCUAAUCGGCCAAUGUGGUUGUUCAACAUGGUACUCGGUUGCUUGGGACUGAUUUUGAGUGUUUUUUUAGUUGUUGCGGCUAUAUAUAACUUGGUCGACAACGGCCUCAAUGCUAACUUUUUCAGACCUUAAUGUCACAUUUUUAUAUACCAUGAAGUUUAACUAUGACAACGUGUGAUACAUCAAGUGUGUCAAGUUGGCAAGUUUGUAUAGAUUCGUUGAUAAAUGAGAGUGACAAACAAGCUUGUUCUUUUUGGUAAAA